GGGAGAUCCACUCCUAUAUCAACUGAUGGUGAAGAUAUCUGGAGUGCAUCCCACCUGCAGAGGGCCCCUCACGUGAUGCACUAACCACAAGGGGAACGUGCACUAUCUUAUCCCAACUUCUUCUUUGGGUCUUAUCUUUGCCAUCGCCAUCUGCAAAUAGUUUGAACAUCCAACGUUGGUCUCCUUCAAUAGCUAGCGCAUUCUCUCAUUUUCUUUCGCCUGUCCUGGCAAUUCAUUAUUUUGUUUAUUUGUUUCUUAUUUGUUCCUCUUUCAAAAGUUUUAUUAUUUCACAAUGUCGGACGUGGCAGCUCUAGAGGCCGAGGUCAAGGAAUUCAAGUUACAGCUUGAAACCGUCCAAUCGAGUUUGCAGGUAGAUCCAGAUAACACGGAACUUCAGAGUCUCAAAACUGAGCUGGAAGAACUUAUUAACCUCACCGAAACCUCCAUCGCCGAGCUCAAACCUCCCGCACCGUCCACGUCGAAAUCAUCGCUUCCGGUAAAAGAACAAAGACCCCGGGAUAACUACCCUACGUCUCAGACGGGCUAUCGAAAGCCAACAGUUGAGCAGACGGAAGAGUCCGCCCCACCGGCAUCUUUCUCCGUCAAUGAACAUGUCCUUGCCCGUUGGACUUCGGGCGACAACUCCUUCUACCCUGCCCGCAUUACCUCCAUCACCGGUUCCUCCAGCAACCCUGUUUACCUGGUCUCCUUCAAGUCCUACGGCACGGUGGAAUCAUUAACUGCAAAAGACCUCAGGCCUAUCUCUGGCAAUGAUUCGCGUAAACGCAAGGCUGAUGGAAGCUCAGGCAAUUCCGCAUCCCAAUCCCCAGCACCUCAGCUGCCAAACUCGAGCGUGAUCUCUGCAGCUGCAGAUAUCAACCCCGCAUUGGCGAAUCAGGCGCGGAAUGAGCCAAGCAAGGUAGGCGAUGGCUCCGCGCGUCCCGCAAAGGCGCCUCGGAAGGUCAAAGCCAACCGGGAACUUGAGGCGGGUAAGAUGAAGUGGAAGGAUUUUGCCAGCAAGGGAAAGUUGGGACGGAAAGAGAGCAUGUUCCGAACUGGAGACAGUGUCAACGCCCGAGUGGGUUUCACUGGGUCUGGCCAAAAGAUGCGCAAAGAUCCCACCAGGACGCGACACGUGUAUCAACAAGCCGAGGACGAAGGCUACUGAUGACGUAGCUUUGGAGUUUUUGCAGGGGUUUUCCAUGAUAUGAUGGGCUUGGUUUUUUUUUUCUCCUUAUUGUUCAUAUGCUGUUUUUGCUCAAGCUAUCUAUUGUUCCCAUUACUAACAGGCUGUUGGUGGCAGAUAAGUCAUCUCAUGAUUGUCGAGGCAAGGAGUAGUCGUACAUAGAACGCGGCUUCAAGGUUUUGGUGAUUCUUUACCCCAUGAGUCUCUGGCGUCCCUCCUGCACGCGAUCAUUUCUAAUCCGCCAUCCUGUUAGGUAUUAUGACGAUACGUCUAUCGGAAAAUAGGUUUUGAUUGCCCAACGUGCUGCUUUUCCCGUAGUAGUGAUCCGAUAGGGCGACCCAAAUUCUGGAGAAUUAAAGAACUAGACUCUUGCGUAAAUGUCACUAUAAA